AUGUUAACAAAACUUCUGUCAAUGGUCACACCGAAAGAAGCAUCGACAUCUCCUUUCUACAAGCAACGACAAGAAGCCGAUGAAGAAUUUCGAUGGUGUAAAUCAAGCAAAGGAUGCGGAGCGGGUCAACUUGUUUCGAAUCAUAAACAUUUACUUGGAUAUUAUACAUGCCAUGCGUGUGAUCAGAUGUUGUGCUUUCGUCAUUCGAUAGAAUGGCACAAAGGUUAUACGUGUGACGAAUUUGAUAAAGAACGCGCUGAAAAUAAUGAAUUAGCGUCUGAUGUAACUAUUCUUGUUCAUACAAAGAAAUGUCCGAAUGAAUCGUGCGGUACACCGAUUAUGAAACAUGAAGGUUGUGAUGUGAUGACUUGCUGCCGUUUCGGAACACAUGCAUGUGGCGAAUCCAAAGGUGAUUGUGAUCAUGGCGGCCGUAAUUAUUGUGGACAACGGUUCUGCUGGGUUUGUCUGGGAAAAAUCGAUGUUGAUAAGAAAACAUCGCAUUUGAUACGACAUUGCAAACCAAAUUGCAAAUAUUUCUCGUUAAAUUAA